GGCCUGGGUCGGCUCGAUCGGAAGGUUGCGGGAAGCAUGGAGGUGCACAGUAAACCGCAACCCAGCCCGAGUUGUUCUUCGUCCACCGCGGGCUGCUCGGGUGUGUCGGUGUCCAAGGAGCUGUUGACAGCGGAGAGCGGCGGCCUCGGAGGAAUAUGGGACAGAUUGUGCAUCAACUCCAAGCCUAAUUCCAGAAAGAGCUCUAAUCUUCAAACAGUUCGGAUAGAGAGGAGUCCCUUAUUGGACCAAGUACAGACCUUUCUCCCACAGAUGGCCCAGGCAAAUGAAAAGUUAAGAAAAGAAAUGGCAGCUGCACCACCUGGUCGGUUUGAUAUCGAAAACGUUGAUGAGACUCUUGGAAAAAUUAUACAAAUGGAUGUGGCCUUGUUUGAGAUGAAUCAGUCUGACUCAAAAGAAGAGGACAGUUCUGAAGAAAGUUCACAAGACAGUUCAGAGAACAGUUCAGAAUCUGAGGAUGAAGAAAUCAGCAUUCCUGGUGAAAUCACCAUAGAUAAUAUUAAACUUCCUAAUUCAGAAGGUGGAAAAGGCAAGAUAGAAGUUUUGGACAGUCCUGCAAGUAAAAAGAAGAAACAAUGAAAUAAAUGAUCUGAAAAGAAACAGAUGAUGCAUGCCUGCUAAUUCUGCCAAAAAGGAUGCAGUUCCCCGUUAUUUUGCGUUUCAGGUACCUGUGUGGUUUUAUGUAGUAUUGUGUGUAUUUUGUUUCAGCAAAAUGAAAGCUGGCAUUUAAGGAAAUGGACUAUAUACAGAUUAGACUGAUGUUUGAUAGCAUGCUAAAGCAAUUUAGCAUUUAGAAAGCUUAACUUUAUGCGUAUUGGUGAGUGAAUUUGUCGGCAGUUUCUUCCACAUGGACUUCAGAAAUACCAAUUUAUUUUUAAAAAUAUGUAAAUUACCUGUUUUUUUGUUUUGUUUUUAAAAUCACUCCACUGGAUAAAACAACCUGAUAUUUUUAGGUUAUUGUAACAGCAGAGACUUUUUUCACGUCAAAGAUAGGUUCAAUGAAAGAGACUUUUUUUAGAAGAAAAAAGAUUGUUACAAGGAAAAAAAUUACAUAUAGUUUUAGCUACCUUGAGGUAUAUCUAUUUUCAUUUGAAAACUUCAUUUCCAGUUUGGACUUGGAGAACUGGUGCUGUGUGAUUUGAUCACUGUCUGGAACUCUGCAGCCGCUGACUACAUGUGGAAUCUAUUAGUGGGAGUGUUGGGUUUUUGUUUUUUUUCUUUUUUCAUAAAGCAAUACUUUUUGCUCAGUUAUGAAAACUGUUCCACACAGCUGCCCACCGUUUGAGACCUAUCAAAUGUAGAAAGUAGAGACAUCACCAAAAAAUCAGAGGGAAUGGUACAAAGACAGACAACAGGUGGUUUUCCCUUUCAGAAGUCAGCAUGGUCCCAGGCUAGAGUUUUUCCUCAUUCUUAACAUUAUUAAACUUGUUUGCGAUCUCAGAUCUGCCAGCAGCCUGACUUUUGCUCAGGAAAUAAAUCUAAGAAUUUAAAGGACUGCCUAUCUGUUGAGCUGAUGCAGCUUGGUUGCCUAAUGUUUUAGGGUUCUCUUUGAGCCCUAUUUUUUCUGCUCUUCUAAGGCACCUUGUAAAUACUCUGAAGAUUAUUCUCAAGGUCCUUCCUGGUCUUUUCCUGGGCUGUGCCUUAAUGUGUGAAGAGGAUGAACAGAUCUGGAAAUGAGAUUUCUCAGCUGGAAAGGGUAUUAAUGCUAUACGGUGUAGCCCAGAACACAACUGUGAUGCAUCAUUGGCUUAAAUAUGUAAAGAUUGUCUUUAGCUGGAUAUUAUGAUAUGUUGUGAGAAGAGGUGAAUUUGUCUGGUUUACUAUUUAACCUGGUACAUGGCACACAAUAGGCACAGAAUAAUAUUAAUAAAUGAAUUAAUGACUGUACAGGACAUUUUAAGCUAUGGUAGACUGUUCCAGUCAGAGGGAUAUAAAAACGUAACUUUUCAGGAAAUACAAAAUAUUCACGUAGAAAUAGGCUGAGUGAUCAGUGAAAGAGAAUAGUCAAUCUAGAAAUAGAUUCCAGUAUGUAAAAAUUUUAAUUUUCUCUCCUGCCCUGGCUAGCUCAUGUAAUGCAACUAACUAGGCUUCCUAUACAGAUAUGGGAGUCAACUAAAUUCAGGUCCUCUGGACAUUCUUGUGACAGGAGAAUAAAGGCAAACAUAAAAAUUCAAUAUACGGUAAGGAUAGCAUUUCAAGUAAAUAUGUAAAAUGGAUAAAUUCAAUAUACAAUGUGAGGACUGGCUAACUAUUUCAAAUGAGGUUAGAUUCUAGCCUCAUACCAUGUGCCAAGAUAAACUAUAUAUGGAUUUAAAGAUUUAAAUCUAAAAUAAUAAAAUUAUAAGAAUA